AUGAGAAUGCCAAAUGGGUAUCAACCCCCCAAGUUCUUACAGUUUGAUGGCAAAGGAAAUCCUAAGCAACACAUUGCUCACUUUAUAGAAACUUGUGAGAAUGCAGGGACUCAAGGAGGUCUCCUUGUAAAGCAAUUUGUUCGUUCUCUCAAGGGAAAUGCCUUUGAUUGGUAUACAGACUUAGAACCUGAGUCAAUCGACAAUUGGGAACAAUUAGAAAGAGAGUUUCUCAACCGAUUCUACAGCACACGGUAUUGCAAGGAUAGACUUUCUAAAAUAUCUGCUGUAGAGAUGUGCAUCCAAGGCAUGCAUUGGGGACUUCUUUACAUCCUUCAAGGGAUAAAGCCCCGAACAUUUGAAGAGUUAGCAACUUGUGCGCAUGACAUGGAAUUGAGUAUCUCUAGCCAUGGAUGUACAAACCCUCCCAUACUUGAGGAAAGCAAAAAGGAAGUAAGGAAGAAUGAUAGGAAUACAAAAGCCAACCUCAAAGACCCAAUGGUUGUUAACACAGCCGUAGUUAAGGUUCCAAGAAGAGGAGAAAAGGCAAAUGAAGAACAGCUUGAAGGGUGGCAAAAGAAUGAAGUGCGUCGCCUGACCUUUAAGGAACGUGAGCAAAAAGUAUAUCCAUUCCCCGAUGAAGAUGUGCUAAACAUCUUAGAACAACUAUUGCAAUUGAAGCAAAUUGAAUUGCUAGAAUGCAAGCGGCCAGAAGACAUGGGGAAAGUUGAUGACCCUAACUACUGCACAUAUCAUCGCAUCAUUGGCCACCCAAUCCAAAAAUGCUUUGUCUUCAAAGAAUAA